CACCUGCCUGGCUAGUCCCAUGUCGGGACCGGGAGGUCAAGCCUCCUAGCCCUAUCACGGGCGUACUGGACAGCCAGGACUUCAGGGAUAUGAUCUGAAGAUCUGAUCAUUCCUAAAAACCGAUUCCGGGAAAUGCCAGGGCCGAGCGACCCACACUCCCAGAGCAGAUGUUCAAGCGUGCAUAUCUCCUUUUCGCAUGCUUUGCAUAAAAUAUUCAUGUCUGUAAUGUCAUACCAUUCCUUUAUUUGUGCAGAUGGAGAUCUCGAUUGUUUGACCGCUGUCCGAACGAAAUUUCAUAAGGAUGGACCAACUCCUGAUUACGUCUGGGUUCUCAAGGGUCUGAAAGGCCAUGUGAAAAAGAACAUCACGUUCCACUUCAAGAAAGGAGACGCACCGGACAAGGCAUUCGUCACUGUCGAUGACGAUGAGGGUCAAAACCAGAAAGCAAGAGCCAUCUAUGCCGACUACCAGACGUGCGCCGUGUUGGAAAUUCCAUAUAACGGGAAUCCACAAUGCAUUCUAUGGACAACGGACGAAGUCGAAGACAAUGUUCCAAGUAAAUGUACUGAGCAAUUCCGAAAGAACUGCGACGUAGAAGUUGCAGCCUACGACAAGGAGCCUUGCAGUCAAGUAUGAUGUGACGGACCAAGUGAAAUGACAGCUUGUUUAGCAUUACACCUAGUGCUUGCGUAUUUGUUUAGUCCGCAGAAAAUAAAAUGCUAAAAAAAUA